AUUGAGCAUCGAGUCCAAAGGUGUCGAAACGCAAUGUCCACUCUGCUUCACUCCGCAUCAACUUCUUCUCCUUCCUUCUCUCAGAUCACCACUCCUCGUUUCGCCCCAAUCACUCGUAUCUCUCUCCGAAACGGCGUCCGGUGCAAGGCGAUAGAAGCAGUGAAUUUGGAGAAUGGAAGGCCGAGCGCGAGCGAGUUCCUAGUCAGCGGAAGCGGAAACGCGAUUCCGAGGUACGUCGUGGCGCCCAACACGCGUAUUCAGGAUUUGGUUAACCGAAACGACACUCGCCUCCGGAUAUUCUCCGGCACCGCCAAUCCGGCGCUCGCUCAGGAAAUUGCAUGCUACCUGGGCCUGGAGCUAGGAAAAACUAAGAUAAAGCGUUUUGCUGAUGGUGAGAUAUAUGUCCAGCUGCAAGAGAGUGUCAGGGGGUGUGAUGUGUUUCUUGUGCAGCCCACAUGUCCUCCUGCAAAUGAGAAUCUUAUGGAGCUUCUCAUAAUGAUUGAUGCAUGCAGGAGGGCUUCAGCCAAAAAUAUUACUGCUGUCAUUCCGUAUUUUGGAUAUGCCAGAGCUGAUAGAAAGACUCAAGGACGUGAAUCCAUUGCUGCCAAGCUUGUCGCAAAUUUAAUUACAGAAGCAGGUGCAAAUCGUGUACUUGCUUGUGACCUCCAUUCUGGGCAGUCCAUGGGCUAUUUUGAUAUUCCAGUUGAUCAUGUGUAUGGACAGUCUGUUAUACUUGAUUACCUUGCCAGCAAGACUAUUUGUUCAGAUGAUUUGGUAGUUGUCUCACCAGAUGUUGGUGGUGUUGCCAGAGCACGUGCUUUUGCUAAAAAAUUAUCUGAUGCUCCUUUAGCUAUUGUUGAUAAAAGGCGCCAUGGGCAUAAUGUUGCUGAGGUGAUGAAUUUGAUUGGUGAUGUAAGGGGAAAGGUAGCAGUUAUGGUUGAUGACAUGAUUGAUACUGCUGGGACUAUUGCCAAAGGUGCAGCUCUGUUGCAUCAAGAAGGGGCAAGAGAAGUCUAUGCAUGCACUACACAUGCUGUUUUCAGUCCUCCUGCUAUUGAGAGAUUGUCAAGCGGUUUGUUCCAAGAAGUUAUCAUAACUAAUACAAUUCCAGUGACAGAACAGAACUAUUUCCCCCAAUUAACUGUCCUGUCGGUGGCAAACCUUUUGGGCGAGACUGUUUGGCGUGUUCAUGAUGAUUGCUCAGUGAGUAGCAUAUUUCUGUAAAAUAAUUUUAGUUUGUUAGUCUCAUUCAUGAUAGAGAAAAUGAGACCACCCUCAAUACUCUUGCACAUGCAUGCUGGCGUAAAUAAAUAUAUUCAUCUAUUUUUCAAACAAAAUAAUAAAAAAAUUCGUUGUUAUAUAGAAUUGUCUCUUCCUGUUCAUCACUAAAUUGUAUUGAUAAUUGUGUGUUUAGUGGUUAGAUUUGAUUUCUUUUCAUAGAGUCGUAUGUUGCCCUUUGCUCUGUUGAUAAAACAAAAUUUCAGUUAAGCUAGAACUUGUGCUUGUUUUGUAUGGGAUAGAGUGGUGCCAAAACUAGAUUUAUCUUGCAAACUUUUCUUUUUUUUCUUCUUCUUUCUUUUAUGUUUGUCAGGGUGGAAUUGAACCUUAUUCAAGUUUGGGCAUUGAUUGAACAAUUUGUAUCAUUGGUCUGCUCGUUCCAGCUUAUGACACUGUGGUAACAAGCGGCAGAAUUGUAGAGUCCAUUUAUAGUGAAAGCUUUUGUUUAAGGAUACCUUAUAGAGAGCUGUUUCAGGAGAUUUUUGUACGUACAAAAUACAUUAUAGGGUAUUGGAAAUCCGCACUAGAAGACUCGUGGUGUCUCUUUUUACUUUACCACAUGAAUGGUAUUGAAUUGUGUUGUGUGGCUAUGUUGUUCUCAGACAUUUAAUUCCUUGUCCUUGUGUAUUCAUAGGAAACAGUUUAUUCAAAAUUAAACUAGCUCAAGCAUAUAUAUGUUUUGCAUA